UCCCAAGUUACAGGUGGUCAGUGCAUUUACCCCUCAGCUCUUAAUUACCCCAGGUGGAAUCUGGGGUAGGUUCGCCAGGGGUGAGUCCACAGCGGGCACCAAUUUUCUGGGGAAGCGAAGAGAAUAUGGCAGGUAUAUCGUAAUUUUCCCCAAUUCCUUUUCUUUGUUCGCGAAGUUUUGUCGCAUUGCUUGACGAUGAGGUCUUUAUUCCAUUUUAUUUAACAUGGCGCAAAGUCGGUUUAUAUGAUAUCCAUAUUGUAUUCUAAAAUGUCAUUUUAUUACCUACCAAAUUAUUGUCUUCGAAAUGCAGCGAUUGGGCGGCCAGCGGCUGUCCCACGUGCUCCCAUUCAGAACACCAUCUUCAACCAAAAUCCAAAUCCGAUCAAGUCACCAAAACCCAUAUUGGAUAGACGUUCCAAAAUGGCCUGUUAACCCCAAACGAAAGAAAUGGAAGACGUUCGAAGCCUCAUCCCUCAUUCUAGACCUCGACGCCGAAGACAAUCGUUAUGUGCGCCCAUACGACAAAGAUGUCGAUAGCAUAAUAGCUCAGAAGGUGUUUGAAGAAGAAUUAGUUAAGAGGCGUGUCGCGGAAUUCGAGCAAAUAUCCCAAGAUAACGAAGAUCGAUUCAACGCCACUGCGACGAAUCAGUUUGGCGCAUGGCGCAUCUCCGACCUAGAUGUACUCUCUACCGCGCUUGAUGGCCCCCCAGUGUCAGAAACGGAACGACCGAACAAUGCGCAUAGUUUCGGCGAAAUAAAAGGUGAUGUCUUCAAGAUGAAUGGCAUACCAACUCAGGUAUGGAAUAGCAAUUCCAGAUCGCUUGCCUAUAUGGUGCGCCGACAAGAGAUGGCUCAGCGUCGGCAACCUAGCAUCGGCGAGGAGGCGUUAUUAGAGGAUACGCUUCAGAAGUGCCACAGCUUCCUCGAAGUUGAGAGGCUCGUUUCGAAUGUGAUACAGACACCUGAAGGCCUCCAGAUCCUUUCCAAGUGUACAGAAUCCCUAGGACAAAUUUGCGAAGUGGUCGCCCCGACGACAACACCGCCGCAAAUGCUCCCGUUUCUCAACGACUUGGUAUUGAACCUAGAUUCACAAGGAUUACAUAUCUCCUCAUCACUUCUGUGGCGCGCAUUUUGGGCCUGUUUAGAAUGUGGGAUUUUCAGCAUGGCUCAGCGAUACACGAAAAUGAUUCAUAGUCGGAAAUAUACGUUAGACAAAAAGCAAGCAUUUGCUUCUCUCAAACUUUUAUCAAAUUCAAUACCUACGCUUUGGAGGGAAGAUAUUGAUAUUCGAUUCGGAUCGGAUACUACACAUAAACUAUUAGCGAUUUACGGCCUCCUAACGGGCCGGAUACUUGGAGAAGAACAACCACAGCCGUCACUACUUGAUAUUGUGGUCGGUAACCAGAAUAUCUUUAACAGUAAAAAUAGCCGAAUCUUUGACCUAUAUGUGGCCACUCUUGCUCGAUUGGGAGCAGUUCGCACAUUAUGGUACCUCUGGCACCGAGGUGAGAGCUCAACGAAGGGAGCCAUGGCAGACUACGCGAAGGGUGAUAUCUAUGGACGUGCUAUUCAGGACUUGAUUAACGACAAUAGCCGUUUCGGGGAUCUAGCACGCGGUCCUCAAUUCGCACGUACGACUGGGAAAUUGGACGAAGAUUGCAGAUUCGACAUGGAAGCCAUUAUAAAUAUGGCGACUUUCACUCCGACGCAUGAUACCGGGGCGACUUAUACGGUUGACAACACAACAAUAAGAGGAAUAUUCAGGAAAGAAUCAAUUAUGGAAGCAAUGUCGACCUUAAGGGCUUAUCUAAAGCUGAUAAUGCCCCCCACUACUGUAAAAAAUGAAUGAAUGACGCGGAUAUUACAAGCAUGUUAGACUCAAUCAUGAGGUAGAUAUAGAGGCUAACCGUAUAUACUAGAGGGACCUAAAAUAGAAUAUACAAUUCACAUAUGGAGAAUCACCGCCUCAAGCCCUAGAGAACUAACGCCCUAUUAGCCCUGAAUGUGUAUUGAUUUCGUCAUUUUCGACCUCGCAAGGUCUACCAAUUUUUGACAAGGCGCGAGUCGCGUAACGCAGAAAAGGGUCGGCCUUACUUAUAAAGAGAUCAUAGACACUAUGAGCCUAGGUCUCAUUAUUAUAGUUCCUCUAUCACGGGCGAGGCAUAUUUAGUAUAGCUAAUAUAAUAAGACCGG